AUGUAUGCCAGACUGACUCAGUAUUCCUUCUUCCUUCCCCUAGUCGGGUCAGGUUGCUCACUACUCACUCCUCACUACUUACCGCCUUUCCAUCGCUCCACCAGCAUCCACACAGAGCGUUGCCCUACAGCUCUUCGGCAGCCAGGGAGACCUCUUCGUACCUACAGCCAAAUAUGCAUUAAAUGUUACAUUCCGAUCCACACAAACAUGCACACAUCCAGUCAAGAGGCUGUUUACUUCAAACUUCCACAGACUACACCAACUUCAACAGAUAGCACCGCCGUGCCACGUCUCUCUGAGAGUCGCGCACGCAAUAUCCUCACUCCUACUGGCCUCUCAUUGUGUUGCUUCACCCGGUUCCUUUUGAGAAUGUGCACUUACCAUACCCGUGAAAGGUAUGACCAUCUCAAUCUGCGCAUACCAAAAGUCUUAUUGUUAAGUAUUAUAUACCCAUUUCGUUUUGCCUCUAUGCGAGUGUGA